AUGUCAAGUGGAUCCGUUAGACAGGUCUCGCGUCAAGAUAUACAACUGGUGCAGAACCUUAUCGAGCGAUGUCUCCAGCUUUACAUGAACCAGAAAGAAGUGGUAGAUACUCUACUGGACCAGGCAAAAAUAGAGCCUGGUUUCACGGAACUUGUUUGGCAGAAGCUUGAGGAAGAGAAUCGGGAAUUCUUCAGGGCUUAUUAUUUAAGACUGAUGGUGAAGCACCAAAUAAUAGAAUAUAACAGGUUGCUUGAGCAACAGGUGAGGUUAAUGAGUCAGUUGCACUCAAGUGGAGUUGCUUCAAUACCUAGUACCAAUGGUUCUCACAUUUCACCAAUGCACCAAAACUCCACAUGCUAUGCGCCAGAGCAUGUAGGACCAGCAUUGAAGACAGAAAAUAUACACCACCAAGUUGGUUCCUGCGUACCUAAUGCAUUUACGAAUGGUGGGUCUUCAUUGCACACUAGUAUGCACAAUGCUGUUAAAAUGUCUGCUCAUACCAGUAGGAUUGAUGUCCCACCAAACAUGCUUUCGAAUCAGAGCUCCAACAUAGGUCUUAUGCAAGGAAUAAAUGGGGGAAUUAUCAAAUCAGAAGUUGGCUAUUCGAGCAGUUCUUACAUGUUUGGCGGUGAUGGAAACAUCCUGGAAGCACGGCCCACUAUUGGAGAUGCUUCUGUUGCAGCAUUCAACAGCGUAGAGUCCAACUCACAGCCCCUAAAUGAAUCACUUCUUGAUGCAGACUCUUCAUCAUUUGGUUUUUUACGUCAGAUUCCUCGAAUUUUCAGCCUCUCAGACCUGACAGCUGACUUUUCUCAGAGCUCAGACAUACUGGAGAGCUAUCCUAGAUCACCCUUCUUGGCAACAGAUAAUGAUAACUUCCUGGAUUCUCGUGAAAGAGAACAUCAAGGAGACAAUAACCGGUUGGACACCAUUUCAGAAGGCGUAAGCUAUGAAGAUUUUGGCAGUGAAUAG